AUGGAUUCAUCAUUUAUGUAUAUUCAGAAUCUUUCGACGGCGCAUGAUAUAUACCAUUUCACACUACAGGGUAAAUGGUAUGAAGUGGCCGCGGCAUACAGAAACGAUGCAGAGAUUCACACGAUGCCCGUCAACAGCGAUGAAGACACGGCGUUGCACGUGGCGGCGAACGACAACAGGGCAGACGCCGUUGAGCAGCUGGUGGGUGAAAUUAAGCAGAACCCGAUGGCGUUGGAGAGUUUGAAAGCAAAAAAUGGUAAAGGGGACACAGCGUUGCAUCGAGCAGCAUCAAUAGGGUCGCUCGAGAUGUGUGAGUGCAUCAUUGAAGCUGAUCCUCGUCAAGGACAUGUGUUGAUUGAAGAACGCAACAAAAAAGGAGAGACUCCUCUCUUCUUGGCUGCUCUCAAUGGACAUAUGGAUGUUUUCUUUUACCUCGAAAAUCGUUGCGCCGGCGAGUCUCUUUGGCUAUGCAGAAGAGCAAGCGAUGGACAGACAGCCCUUCAUUGCUCUAUUAGGGAAGACUACUACGAGUUGGCAUUUGAAAUCAUUAAACUGUACCAAUGGGAAACUGUGGGUUCUAUCGAUGAAAAGGGAAUUACCCCUCUCCAUAUCCUAGCCGCAAAACCUUCUGCUUUCGAAAGCAGCAUCAGCAAUUUUAGAUGGUAUGCCAAGUUCGCAUACAAGUGCAUAUACGUGAAACCGUUGAGGAGCAUCUACCAUCCGUCAAAAUCCCAGCAGACUGCUCUUCCUGAAAGCAUAGUGGAUGCAGAAAACCCAAGUGAUCACAUCAAUGAAUAUGAAAAUGUUGUUCCAAAAAGUUAUUGGACAUGUUGUGACAUGUGCAUUUUCAUGACUGCAUUCACCUGUUUUGUUGGUGACAUUUUCAUGCCUGCAAUCACCCCUUUUGUUUGGCUCUAUGGACUUGUGUUGUUUGGACCCCAUGGAUUAGAGGUAAUAAGGACAUUGAGGAAGAAGAAACAAAAGCACGUUUGGUGCCAUCAAAUACUUGAUGAAAUUUGGAGGUAUAAAGAUGUUGCGUUCGUUGGAGCUGGAACCGUACCCGACUCCCCUUCUUCGUUGAUCCAACCAGUAGACAUCAGAUUACCCGAACCUCAUCAUCAAACCGAUGGCCAAGAAGGGGUAGAAGAGAUGGUAAAAAAUGAAAGGGAGAGACAGGAGUCAGCAUUGUUUAUUGCAGCGGAAAAUGGUGUGCUGGAAAUAGUGAAGAAAAUUCUGAAAGAUAAACCAGAGGCCAUUGUCAUGAGAACUUGCAAGAAAAACUCCUCAGAGGCGUAG